GGAUAGGGAGGGGCAGAGGGGAUAAAAGUUCCCCCGGAUGGGAUGAGCCAGCUGCAGCGGUUGCAGAAAUGGAGGUAAGGGGGCACUAGAGCUUUUCCUCCCGCCUUUCCUAGGCUUUUAGUUCCCAUUUCCCAGUGCCGUGUCCUUAAAGGCCCAGUGCAUGGCAGUGCCCUACAGGGCCACUCUCCCCCUGUAUAAGAUGUUACUGAGCUGCUAAAGGAGACUUGAUCCAGUGAAAUGAACUGAGCAGCAGUUUUCCUAUGAAGAAUGAGACACACCCGUUCAGAACCCAAAACAAAGCUUCGAAGUGAAUUUCUACUUCGCGGUCCUUGAUACUGCUAUUCACGUGGUUGACGAAAGAUUUCAACAGAUGCAGCAGCUAGAGUCUGUAUUUGGAUUUCUGUGUGAUAGCUACAGCUUGGAAAAUAAAACAGCAAAACAGAUAAGAGAAUUUUAUAUAAAACUGGAGCCGGCAUUGACUCAUGAAAAUUCAAAAGACGCUGAUGCUAGAGCUUUAUGUAGGGAGCUUCAGACUUUUUCACGUCGACCUAAGAAACAUUCCACUUCUGAAGAAGUACUGAAGUUUAUUUGUGAAAAUAAACUCUCAGACAGUUUUCCAAACAUUUUUAUAACUCUACACAUUCUUUUAAUUUUGCCAGUUUCCGUAGCUAAUGGGGAAUGUAGCUUCUCAAAGUUAAAAUUGAUAAAAACGUAUAUGCCUUAAAAAUGGUGCAAGAGAGACUUGUCUGUAGAGCAUGAAAUAGCUGGAAAACUGGAUCUAAGGGAAUGUCUAAACUACCUAUCCAUACCCGGUAGUGAUUGAGCUAUUGGGGGUUGAUUUAUUGUGUCUAGACUAGAGGUGAUAAAUCAAUCCCUGCUUGCUCUGCCAUCGAUUCUGGUGGAAGCAGAGUUGGGGAGCAGCAACAGUUGACCCAUGCCAUGAAGAUGCUGUGUUAAGUCGAUCCAGAUGCCGGUGACCUUUGAAGAGGUGGCUGUGUAUUUCACCCAGGGGCAGGGGGCUCUGCUGGACCCCGCUCAGCGAGCCCUGUACAGGGAUGUCAUGCAGGAGAACUAUGAGACGGUGACCUCGUUGGGAUUUCCCAUUCCCAAGCCUGAGCUGAUCACCCAGCUGGAAUGCGGGGAAGAGCCGUGGGUGCCCGAUCUCCAGGCCUGCAAGGAAAGAAGGCUUUCGAGAUGCCCUCAUACAGCAGGUGCUGAGCGAGGGAGUGAGAAUGAGGAGGGGAAUCAUCAUGAGGAAGUUCCCGGGGAAGUGGAACCACAGGGGACCUUUGUGGAAAGAGUUGAAGGGAAUUUUCCCCAGUGCUGGGAACAGGGAGAAUCCUGGGGAAAUUGGCAGAGGUCAGAGAGUCUUCUGGGAAACUAUCCAGGGAAGAAAGUGGAUGAAUCUAGUAAUGGUGGGAGAGAGGAGGAUCCCAGAGCGCAGCAGACAAAUCCCAAGGAAGAGACACCCUGCCACUACCUUCAGUGUGGGAAAGAAUUCAUUGUGAGAUCACAGCUUGUGACACAUCGGACAAUCCAUACUGGAGAGAAACUCCUUCAAUGCUUCGACCAUGGGGAAAGCUUCAAUAAGCUCUCAGAUCUUAAUAACCAUGGGAGAAGCCACACGGGAGAAAUACCCUCUCAGUCCCUUGAGUGCGGGAAAUGUUUCAUUUCAAAGACACAAAUAGUUAGACGUCAGUUAAGCCACACUGGGGAGAGGCCCCAUAAGUGCUUGGAUUGUGGAAAAUGUUUCAUAACAAGGUCACACCUUGUUGAACAUCAGGCAAUCCACACAGGAGAGAGACCCCACAUAUGCUUGGACUGUGGAAAAAGAUUCAAAAAAAGGUCACACCUUGUUCAACAUCAGGCAAUCCACACAGGAGAGAGACCCCACAAGUGCUUGGAGUGUGGGAAAAGUUUCAGAAGAAAGUCAAACCUUGUUAAACAUCAGGCAAUCCAUACAGGAGAGAGACUCCACAAGUGCCUGGACUGUGGGAAAAGUUUCAUACAAAGGUCAAACCUUGUUCAACAUCAGGCAAUCCACACAGAAGAGAGACCCCACAAGUGCUUGGAGUGUGGGAAAAGUUUCUUAAGAAAGUCAAACCUUGUUGAACAUCAGGCAAUCCACACAGGAGAGAGACUCCACAAGUGCCUGGACUGUGGGAAAAGUUUCAUACAAAGGUCAAACCUUGUUAAACAUCAGACAAUCCACACAGAAGAGAGACCCCACAAGUGCUUGGAGUGUGGGAAAAGUUUCAUAAGAAAGUCAAACCUUGUUGAACAUCAGGGAAUCCACACAGGAGAGAGACCCCACAAGUGCUUGGACUGUGGGAAAAGCUUCAGAAGAAAGUCAAACCUUGUUGAACAUCAGGCAAUCCAUACAGAAGAGAGACUCCACAAGUGCUUGGAGUGUGGGAAAAGUUUCUUAAGAAAGUCAAACCUUUUUGAACAUCAGGCAAUUCACACAGGAGAGAGACCCCACAGGUGCUUGGACUGUGGGAAAAGUUUCACAGAGAGGUCAAACCUUGUUAAACAUCAGGCAUGCCACACAAAAGAGAGACUCCAUAAGUGCUUAGAGUGUGGGAAAAGUUUCAUAAGAAAGUCAUACCUUGUUGAACAUCAGGCAAUCCACACAAGAGAGAGACCCCACAAAUGCUUGGACUGUGGGAAAAGUUUCAAACGGAGGUCAGACCUCAUUAUACAUGGAGGAAUCCACACGAGAUGUAAACUUCUGUGACAACUGGCAAGAAAGGGUUAAGCAGCUUGCAUGUAAUUGACUCAGAUUCAACUUUUAGAGAGAGAUUUUAAAAGUUUGUCCACCUUAGAUAUGCUAGAGUUUGACAUGUAAAUGUGUAUUUUUAAAGACUUGGAAGAAGAGGGCAAGUCAUGUCUGAGUAACCUAAUUGCCUUUUAUGAGGAUAUAACUGGCUCUGGUUGAGGAGAAAGCAGUGGAUAUAUUAGUCCUUGAAUUAGGGAAAGUUUUUGCUAUGUUCUCCUACAGUAUUCUUGGCAGCAAGUUGAAGAAAUAUGAGCUGGAUGAAUGGACCAUUAGGUGGAUAGAAAGCAGUCAAGAUUGUCGGGCUCAACAGGUAGUGAUCAAUAGCUCCGUGGCUGUUUGGCAGCUAGUAUGAAGCAGAGUGCCCAAGUGUCGGUCCUGGGGUCGGUUUUGUUCAAUAUCUUUAUUAUUGUUUUGGAGGAUGGUGUGUAUUGCAGUCGACACUAAACUGGAAUGAGGGGUAGAUACGCUGGAGGGUAGGGAUAGGAUACAGAAUGAUGUAGACAAAUUAGAGGAUUGGGCCAAAAUAC